AUGGACCCGAUCGGAGCGUGUCCAGCAGAGGUAUGCAUUUGUAAAUGGAAGGGUGGCAAACAGACUGUGGAAUGUGGUGGCCAAUCCCUACCCAACAUACCCGAAGGUAUGGAUCCCGGUACACAGGUCCUGAAUUUUUCGGGCAAUGCUCUACAGGUGCUGCAAAGUGAACGAUUUCUACGUAUGGACUUAUUGAAUUUGCAAAAAAUCUACCUAUCCCGUAAUCAGCUGAUACGUAUACAUGAAAAAGCUUUUCGUGGCCUUACAAAUCUCGUCGAAUUAGAUUUAUCGGAAAAUUCGCUGCAACACAUACCCACAGAGACAUUUCAGGAUUAUAGUUCGUUGAUGCGGCUCUCGUUGAGUGGCAAUCCCAUAAGAGAGCUGAAAACCUCCGCUUUUCGUUAUCUCUCCUUUUUGACCACCCUGGAGUUGAGCAACUGUCAAAUUGAGCGGAUCGAAAAUGAGGCGUUUGUGGGUAUGGAUAAUCUGGAAUGGUUACGUUUGGAUGGAAAUCGUAUUAGCUAUAUUCAGGGUAAUCAUAUUUUACCCAAAUCCCUGCAUGGCAUCAGCUUACAAAGUAAUCGUUGGACGUGUGAUUGUCGACUUUUGGAUUUGCACAACUGGUUGAAUAGCUAUAACACCCCGCAGACCGAGGAACCCAAAUGUGUGGAACCUCUAAGGCUGAAGGGUCAGGUUAUUAAAUCUCUAAAGAAAGAAGAAUUUGCCUGUCUCCCAGAGGUAACCCCUCAAUCCACCUAUACCGAAGUUUCUGAGGGGCGUAACCUCACCAUCUCCUGUGUGGUACGAGCCAUACCCGAACCCAAGGUCUUAUGGCUAUUUAAUGGCCAAGUCAUGUCCAAUGAUAGCUUUAUCGAUAACAUGCACAUGCUGUACUAUAUCGAUGAAACCUCCACC